AGCCUAACUCCGGGGGCCCCUAGACCAGGAGAAGCGGGCCGCCAGCAGGGGUCCGGAGCGCAGCCCGCCGGCGGCCAGGCGUACCGACUGCAAAUCCCGGGGCUGUUAUCGCCUGCACCCCUCUCCAGCCGCCUCCGGCGCCAUGAGGUCACCGACCACCGCCCGCUGUUCCGGGCGCGCCCUGUGGAACCCCUGGAAGAGCUUCCUGCCGCUCAUCUUGGCUCUCUUCGUGGGCAUGGGUCAUGCUCAGAGGGAGCCGGUGGGAAGACAAGAGCCGGCGGGCAGGGACGCAAAUCGGCUGCGGCGCCCCGGGGGCAGCCACCCCGCAGCGGCUGCAGCCAAGGUGUACAGUCUGUUCCGAGAGCAAGACGCGCCCGUCCCGGGCUUGCCGCCCACAGAGCGGGCCCAUCUCGGCUGGGGGAGCCCCAGGAGGCCCGCCGAGGCGGAGGCCAAGAGGCCGCCCCGCGCGCAGCAGCCGCGGCGAGUCCAGCCACCUGCGCAGACCCGGAGAAGCAGUCCCCCUGGCCAGCAGCAGCCCACACCCCGGGCCCGCGCCGCCCCGGUUCUCCCGCGCCUCGGGACCCUGCAGCGGCCCAGGGCUGCGCCCCCAACCCCGCCGCGAGGGCGGCUGACGGGGAGGAACGUCUGCGGGGGACAGUGCUGCCCGGGAUGGACGACAGCAAACAGUACCAACUACUGUAUCAAACCUGUGUGCCAGCCGCCCUGCCAGAACAGGGGCUCCUGCAGCCGGCCCCAGCUCUGCGUGUGCCGCUCUGGCUUCCGCGGAGCCCGCUGCGAGGAGGUCAUCCCUGAGGAGGAAUUCGACCCCCAGAACUCCAGGCUGGCUCCCCGCCGCUCAGCAGAGGGUUCACCCAACCUGCGCAGGAGCAGCACAGCCAGGGAAAGCACCGUGGCCAGAACACGGCCACCAGCACCACAGCUGCCGCUGGCCAGGCAGUCCUUUCCAGCUGGGACCCUGAGUGGGCUCAGCCAGACCCAGCCCUCCCAGCAGCACGUGGGGCUGUCCCGGACCGUCCGACUUUACCCGGCCACUGCGGCUAGUGCCCAGCUGACUUCCAACGCCCUGCCCGCGGGGCUAGGCCUUGAGAGGAGGGAUGGUGCCCAGCAGGCAGCCUAUCAGGACCACCAGUCAUCCCUCUGGGGGCUGAACCUCACUGAGAAAAUCAAGAAGAUCAAGAUUGUCUUCACUCCCACCAUCUGCAAGCAGACCUGUGCCCGGGGGCACUGUGCCAACAGCUGUGAGCGUGGUGACACCACCACCCUGUAUAGCCAGGGCGGCCAUGGGCAUGACCCUAAGUCUGGCUUCCGCAUCUAUUUCUGCCAGAUCCCCUGCCUGAACGGAGGCCGCUGCAUCGGCAGGGACGAGUGCUGGUGCCCCACCAACUCCACCGGGAAGUUCUGCCACCUGCCCGCCCCAAAGCUGGACAGGGAGCCUUCAGAGAGGGGCUCCCACCACAGGGCCCCGCUGGGGGGCCCCUUGAGGCAGUCCACCUUCACCUUGCCUCUCUCCAACCAGCUGGCCUCUGUGAACCCCUCCUUGGUGAAAGUGCACAUUCGCCACCCGCCCGAGGCUUCCGUGCAGGUCCACCAGGUGGCACGGGUGCGGGGCGAGGCCGAGGAGGCCCCGGAGGAGAACAGCGUGGAGACCAGACCCUCAUCCCGGCUCCCCGCCAGCCCUGGCCACAGCCACUGGGACAGCAACAGUAUCCCUGCUCGGUCUGGAGAGGCCCCUCGGCCAUUGCCUCCAGCGGUGCCCAGGCCUCGGGGGCUGCUGGGCCGGUGUUACCUGAGUGCUGUGAAUGGCCAGUGUGCCAACCCCCUGCUGGAGCUGACUGCCCAGGAGGACUGCUGUGGCAGUGUGGGAGCCUUCUGGGGGGUGACAUCAUGUACCCCAUGCCCACGCAGACCAGCCUCCCCAGUGAUUGAAAAUGGCCUGCUGGAGUGUCCCAAGGGAUACAAGAGACUGAACCUCACUCACUGCCAAGACAUCAACGAGUGCUUGACCCUGGGCCUGUGCAAGGACUCGGAGUGCGUGAACACCAGGGGCAGCUACCUGUGCACCUGCAGACCUGGCCUCAUGCUGGAUCCGUCGAGGAGCCGCUGUGUGUCGGACAAGGCCGUCUCCAUGCAGCAGGGGCUGUGCUACCGGUCGCUGGGGCCUGGCACCUGUGCCCUGCCUUUGGCCCAGAGGAUCACCAAGCAGAUAUGCUGCUGCAGCCGCGUGGGCAAAGCAUGGGGCAGCAAGUGUGAGAAAUGCCCUUUGCUUGGCACAGAGGCGUUCAAGGAGAUCUGCCCUGCCGGCCAUGGCUACACCUACUCGAGCUCAGACAUCCGCCUGUCCAUGAGGAAGGCCGAGGAGGAGGAACUGGCCAGGCCCCCAAGGGAGCAAGAGCCGAGGAGCAAUGGGACCCUGCCCAGGACAGCAGAGAGGCAGCCACUUCGGGCGGCCACCGACACCUGGCUGGAGGCUGAGACCAUCCCUGACAAGGGUGACUCUCAGACCAGCCAGGUCACAACCAGUGUUACUCAAGUACCUGCCUGGGUCCCAGGAGAUGCCACAGGAAGACCAACACCACCACUGCCUGGACAGGGUACUCCAGAAACCCAGGGAGAAGAGCAAGUGACCACCCCUUCCAAUGUGCUGGUGACCCCCCGCCCCUCAGGCAUUGACAGAUGUGCUGCUGGAGGCACCCACAUCUGUGGCCCUGGAACCUGCGUGAACCUCCCAGAUGGAUACAGAUGCAUCUGCAGCCCCGGCUACCGGCUGCACCCCAGCCAGGCCUACUGCACGGACGACAACGAGUGUCUGAGGGACCCUUGCGUAGGAAAAGGGCGCUGUGUCAACCGCGUGGGCUCCUACUCCUGCUUCUGCUACCCUGGCUACACGCUGGCCACCUCAGGGGCCACGCAGGAAUGCCAAGACAUAGACGAGUGUGAGCAGCCAGAGGUGUGCAGUGGAGGGCGGUGCACCAAUACAGAGGGUUCGUACCACUGCGAGUGUGACCAGGGCUACAUCAUGGUCAGGAAGGGACACUGCCAAGAUAUCGACGAAUGCCGUCACCCUGGCACCUGCCCUGAUGGGAGAUGCGUCAACUCCCCCGGCUCCUACACUUGCCUGGCCUGUGAAGAGGGCUACAGGGGCCAGAGCGGGAGCUGUGUAGAUGUGAAUGAGUGUCUGACCCCGGGGGUCUGCGCCCAUGGAAAGUGCAUCAACCUGGAGGGCUCCUUUAGAUGCUCUUGUGAGCAGGGCUACAAGGUCACCUCAGAUGAGAAGGGCUGCCAAGAUGUCGACGAGUGUGCCAGCCGGGCCUCAUGCCCUGCGGGCCUCUGCCUCAACACCGAGGGCUCCUUUGCCUGCUCGGCCUGUGAGAGUGGGUACUGGGUGAAUGAAGAUGGCACUGCUUGUGAAGACCUAGACGAGUGUGCCUUUCCGGGAGUCUGCCCCUCAGGAGUCUGCACCAACACUGCUGGCUCCUUCUCCUGCAAGGACUGCGAGGAGGGCUACCGGCCCAGCCCCCUGGGCCACACCUGUGAAGAUGUGGAUGAGUGUGAAGACCUCCAGAGCAGCUGCCUGGGAGGCGAGUGCAAGAACAUGGCUGGCUCCUACCAGUGCCUCUGUCCCCAGGGCUUCCAGCUGGCCAAUGGCACCGUGUGUGAGGAUGUGGACGAGUGCGUGGCAGAGGAGUACUGCGCACCCCGCGGCGAGUGCCUCAACAGCCAUGGGUCCUUCUUCUGUCUCUGCGCUCCGGGCUUUGCCAGCGCAGACGGGGGCACCAGCUGCCAGGAUGUGGACGAGUGUGCAGUCACAGACCGGUGUCUGGGAGGACACUGUGUCAACACCGAGGGCUCCUUCAACUGUCUGUGCGAGACCGGCUUCCAGGCCUCCCCAGAGAGCGGGGAGUGUGUGGAUAUUGACGAGUGUGAGGACUCCGGAGACUCGGUGUGUGGGGCCUGGAGGUGUGAGAACAGCCCUGGCUCCUACCGCUGUGUCCUGGGCUGCCAGCCUGGCUUCCACAAGGCCCCGACUGGAGACUGCAUUGACAUAGACGAGUGUGCCAACGACACUCUGUGUGGGAGCCACGGCUUCUGUGACAACACUGACGGCUCCUUCCGCUGUCUCUGUGACCAGGGCUUCGAGACCUCGUCCUCCGGCUGGGACUGCGUUGACGUGAAUGAGUGUGAGCUCAUGCUGGCCGUGUGUGGGGAGGCACUCUGUGAGAAUGUGGAGGGCUCCUUUCUGUGCCUCUGUGCCAGUGACCUGGAGGAGUAUGACGCUCAGGAGGGACACUGCCGCCCACGGGUGGCUGGAGGUCAGAGCAUCCCUGAGGCCCCGCCAGGGGACCACCUCCCAGGCCCCAUCCGCAGGGGAUGCUACUCUGGACAGAACGGCCAGCCAGCCUGCUCCAGCCUCCUGGGCCGGAACACCACGCAGGCGGAGUGCUGCUGUACCCAGGGCGCCAGCUGGGGAGACACCUGUGACCCCUGCCCGGCCGAGGACUCAGUUGAAUUCAGUGACAUCUGCCCCAGUGGUAAAGGCUACAUCCCCGUGGAAGGAGCCUGGAUGUUUGGACAGACUACGUACACAGAUGCUGACGAGUGUGUGAUGUUCGGGCCUGGUCUCUGCCAGAACGGCCGGUGCCUCAACACGGUGCCUGGCUACAUCUGCCUGUGCAACCCUGGUUACCACUACAAUGCCGCCCGCAGGAAGUGCGAGGAUCACAACGAGUGCCAGGACAUGGCCUGUGAGAAUGGCGAGUGUGUGAACACGGAAGGCUCUUUCCACUGCUUCUGCAGCCCUCCUCUCACCCUGGACCUCAGCCAGCAGCGCUGUGUGAACAGCACCAGUGGCGCAGAGGAUCUGCCUGACCACGACAUCCACAUGGACAUCUGCUGGAAAAAAGUCACCAAUUAUGUGUGCAGCCAACCCCUGCACGGGCGCCGCACCACCUACACAGAAUGCUGCUGCCAGGACGGAGAGGCCUGGAGCCAGCAGUGUGCUCUGUGUCCCCCCAGGAGCUCUGAAGUCUAUGCUCAGCUGUGCAACGUGGCCCGGAUUGAAGCAGAGCGGGAGGCCGGGGUCCACUUCCGGCCCGGUUAUGAGUAUGGCCCCGGGCCUGAGGACCUGCAUUACAGCCUCUACGGCCCAGAUGCGGCCCCCUUCUACAACUAUCUGGGCCCCGAGGACAGCAUCCCUGAGCCACCCUUCCCCAACACAGCCAGCCGCCUAGGGGACCGCACACUGGUCCCUGAGUCUCCCCUGCAGCCCUCAGAACUCCAGCCCCACUAUGUGGCCAGCCAUCCAGAGCACCAGGCCGGCUUCGAAGGGCUUCAGGCAGAGGAGUGUGGCAUCCUGAAUGGCUGUGAGAACGGCCGCUGUGUGCGCGUGCGGGAGGGCUACACCUGCGACUGCUUUGAAGGCUUCCAGCUGGACACGGCCCACAUGGCCUGUGUGGAUGUGAAUGAGUGUGAUGACUUGAACGGGCCUGCUGCACUCUGUGUCCACGGUACCUGUGAGAACAUAGAGGGCUCCUACCGCUGCCACUGCUCCCCAGGUUAUGUGGCUGAGGCAGGCCCCCCACACUGCAUCGCCAAGGAGUAGCAGUGAGGGGUCAGUGUGGGCAACUACCUGGAAAUGGCCCCAGCCACAGGCGGGGGCCUUGAGGAAGAUUUCCUAGCUGGGAAGACACCAUGAAGACAUCAGGCAGGCCCUGCAGCCCAGCUCCCAGCCAGCCUUGCCUGCUAUCCGUCUCUCCCAGCUUAGGCUCUGGCUGUGAGCUUCUGUCAUUGCCGCCAUGCUGCCAUGCCCUUGCUUGGCUCGAACACCACCAAAUGCUUUAAUGCUUCAGCCACUGGCCAUGAGGCCCAGUCCGCCAUCUCUCCUGGCCUUGCCAUGGGAUGCUUACCAAAGGAUGGCCCUCAUCCACCCCCUCAAGCUAUACAAACAUGUAAGGUCCUCCAGCCUCACACUGCAGACACCCUUUUCUAGCCAUGAUCCACAUAUCAUACUGAUGAUUCCACAACUGGGUCAGAGGCUACAUCUGUCCUUGGAUGGUCCUUCAGAAUCUAUGGAGUAAAAAAGGAUUGGGGGAAGUUUAGGAAGUGACUCCAAUGCCUCCUCCCAAGAACCAUCACUGCCACUCAGCCAAUCUGGUCUGGGUCAGAUUUUGCCACAUCUCCAUCCUGUAGCCAGUUCUGUGGCCCCAUGGAGGGGCAGAAGAUCCCCUCAUCUCAGAGAAGCAAGACUGCUACCAGCUUGCUGAGUGUAAGAGACACAAAUGAAGGGGGCAAGGAGCCUGAGAAAGCAGCAAGAGGGCAAUAUGAAAAAUAUGAGGAGUUGAUAAGAAAGGGGAGCCAGGGCUUUAUGCAAGUCUAAAGAAAAUAUUCAGUAGCUUCAGGUAAAUAAACACUCAAAAUCUACCCAGCAAUAGCUCUCAUGCACCACAGCACGGGCUGCCACAAGGCAGUGUGCCCAUCUCUGAACACCUGUAUUCAAUACACAUUGCUUCUUACAGGAGACAGAUCUCUCCUGGGCUCUCCUUUUGUGGACACCAGUUUGAUGUACUAAAAAUAAAGAGGUCUAUUUUUUAGCUUGUGAAAUACAGUGUAGUCUUGUUUAGGGGGAGCCAGAUUUCCCACAUUGUUUCUUCUCUCUACUCAGAAGCCUCUGCCUUCCCCCCCUUCAAAAAAGGAUGGCUGGCAUCCCUCUGAGUUUACAAGUAGAGACCCACUCCAACCUCGGCUAGCUGGGAGUUUAGAACCAUGGUGGAAUAAAGAACUGUACAUCUGGGUUCUUCUGUUUUUAUUUCAUAGUAAACCAAAUUUCUUUACCAUGUGGGUUAAGUCUAAAGAUUAGAGAUGAGGCUGUGCCCACCGCCUUGCCAGCUCUGCCAAUAGCCUAUGAUUGGGUUCCAAUGAGAAAUGGUUCUUUACUCUGCUGAGAGAAGGGAAGCUCUGACUUUGCAUUUCUCUAAGGAAUGGCAAUGUAAAUGAACAAGGCUUCAUGCCGGAAGACAUGGAGAUGAAUGCUAUUUUCUUAAUUUAAUCAGUCCUGUCCUACCUGCUGCUCUGAUUGUCAGCCAUCACAUACUAACUUAUUGAAUGCUUGCUAUGUGCCAGGCACCAUGUUGAGUCCUGUACACAAAUUUCAUUUAAUCAUCCAACAAUCCUACUUACUAUUUUUAUUCCCAAUUUACAGAUGAAGAAAUUGACAGAGCUUCAAUAAUUUGCUCUAGGUCACUAUACAAGUUGAGAUGUUUUCAGUAGACAAAAAUAUAUAGUUCUUAAACAUAUGAAAGUAUUCUGACUUCAUUCAUAAUAAAAGAAAUGCGAGUUAAAAGCACACUGAGAUACUUUUUUAAAAUUGUCAGAUUUGCAAAGAUCAAAAAGUUUGUUAAGGCUCCUAGUUGGCAAGCAUCUGGAGAAAGAGGCACUCAGAUACAAAGCUGACAGGAGUAUAAAUUGAUACAACUUCUGAAGAGGAUAAUAUGGCAAUGCCUUUCAAAAUUACAAAAGCACUUACUCUUUGAAUCAGUAAUUCCACUUCUAGGAAUUUA